CGAUUUGUAUACAUGGCAUAUUUUAUAAUUUGUUUAAUUUUGCUGUAAAACAUGAAGUAAUUCCUUAUAUUUUGCAUAAAUAAACAUGGCAUUUGUUAGCGCUGUUACCGGCGAUGACUCCACGAGGAAAUUCAUGGAUGUCCUACAAAAUGACUUUAAAACCCUGAGUUUGGAAACCAAGAAAAAAUAUCCUCAGAUAAGGGAGGCUUGUGAUGAAGCAGUAGAAAAAUUAUCAUUAGCUGCUAAUAAUCCACAAGCUUCUCUGUAUGGUGUUGUUAAUCAGAUACUUUAUCCUCUAGUGCAAGGAUGUGAAUCAAAAGAUGUGAAAAUCAUAAAGUUUUGCUUAGGUACCAUCCAGCGCCUUAUAGCUCAACAGGGCAUAGACGCGAAAGGGGCUAGGCAUAUAGUAGACUGUUUAUUUAACUUGGGUCAAGCUAAUAUGCUGGAACUUAAGCUGUUGCAAACCGCGGCUUUGCUAAUGACUACAUCCGACCUUGUACAUGGCGAUACAUUGGCUAGGACAAUGGUGCUUUGCAUGCGUAUGGUGGCAACGAGCGAAACGCGCGAUGUUAGCACCAGUCACGCUGCAGCUGCAACUGUAAGGCAACUGGUUGCUUUGGUGUUUGAGAGGGCUUUGGCGGAGGCAGAAGGUAAUCUAAAGGUGAACCCAGCUGAUGUCAGAAUUCAGACAAAUCAGAAAGCACCGAAAGAUUUGAAGCCGUGCGCUGUUGAUGCUUAUCUUAUUUUACAGGAUAUAAUUCAAUUAAUCAACGGCGACGCCGCGAACUGGCUGGUCGGCAUCUCCGACGUACCCAAAACGUUUGGUCUGGAGUUGUUGGACACUGUGCUCACUGAUUUCUCUGCUAUUUUCUUUAAGAUAUCCGAGUUUAGAUUUUUGCUGAAAGAACAUGUGUGCGCAUUGAUCAUAAGACUCUUCUCGCCGAAUGUUAAAUACAGGGCAGCGUUCACCGCCCCCCACAUCCCGGGCGGCGCGGCCGGGGGCAGUCCCCCCGCGCCCGACCGCCCGCACUUCCCCGUCACCAUGCGCCUGCUGCGGCUCGUGUCUAUCAUACUGCACAAGUAUCACGAUUUGUUGGUGACAGAGUGUGAGAUAUUCUUAUCACUGACGAUAAAGUUUUUGGAUCCCGACAAACCGUUAUGGCAACGGGCGCUCGCUCUCGAAGUGUUGCAUAAGAUGACUAUUCAACCCGAUCUAUUGAAGUCAUUCUGCGAAUGCUACGACAUGCGGCCGCACGCGACGAACAUAUUCCAAGACAUAGUGAACGCGCUCGGCGCUUACGUGCAGAGCCUGUUCGUAGCCGCCAAUGUGAACACGCAGCCGGGUUCAACCGCAGUACCUCAACAGGCUGGUUUCUAUUGGAAGGGCGUAUGGCUACCCUUGUGUGUCACCUUUGAACCGGGGACUGCGAAAUCUGUUUAUAUAGAAAUGCUGGAUCGCACAGAAGCGCCGACCAUACAAGAGGGUUACGGCAUCUCUGUCGCGUACGCGUGCCUCAUCGAGAUCAUACGCUCUAUAGCUAUCAGCGUCGAGGGCGACGAUUAUUAUAGAUUACAAGAGCUGUACGACGACACGCAAAAUGACAGCGACGAGAAGGAAGUAAACGCUAACACCAAAGCCAUCACUGAUAAAGAAUCAGACCAAAACAAGCCAGCGACUGAAGAAAUCACCAAUAACGGUCAUGACGCUAAAGCCGAUCAGAAUUCUAAUCUUGUUAAGAAGACAGACAGCGAAGCAGAAGAGAAAGAGAGACAGCUCAGUUUGCAGCUAAUCAAGUCAUCCUGGUGCGGUUUAGUGUGGGGUCUGUCCGUACUCGCCGAGGCGAGUAUUGGCGAGCUCGAGAACAUUCUGCGUGCCAUACAGACCCUUGCCAGAGUCAGUGGGAAGGUGGGCGUGACGAACGCGCGCGACGCGUGCGUGGGCGCGCUGUGCCGGUGCGCGCUGCCGGCGCAGUACUGCGUGCCCGUGCUGGGCGCGCUGGCCGCGCUGGCGUGCCCGUGGCCGGCCGCGCGCGCGCCCGCGCCGCCCGCCGACCUGCGCCACCACGUCGUGUGGGUCGGCACGCCGCUGCCCUGCGCGCAGCCCCCAGGUCAACAGCAAUCUUUCGUAAUGGUGACGUCCCGCCACGUGACGGCGAUGCGUGCCCUGCUUGCGGCGGCACGGCGUGACGGCGACACGCUGCAGCAGGCCUGGCUGCCCGUGCUCACCACGCUGCAGCACCUGGUGUGGAUCCUGGGCUUAAAGCCGUCCACAGGGGGUAGCAUGAAGGCAAGUCGGGCCAGCGCGGAUGCUAACGCCGUUAUGAGCACCUCUGCGGUCAUGGCUGAUCUACCCGGUCAGCAAGUUCCUGUGGCCGAUUCCCUAGGAGUUAUGAGCGCGUUAUCGGCCAUGCUGUCCAGGGUGUUUGAGGCUUCGAAGAAUUUGGAUGAUGUAGCUCUUCAUCAUCUAAUUGACGCGUUGUGUAAAUUGUCCAACGAGGCCAUGGAGCUAGCUUAUUCUAACAGGGAACCUUCUCUGUUCGCGGUGGCUAAACUCUUGGAGACUGGUUUAGCCAAUAUGCACCGGAUUGAAGUUAUGUGGCGACCCAUCACCAAUCACCUCCUUGAAGUAUGUCAACACCCACACAUUCGAAUGAGAGAGUGGGGAGUGGAAGCCAUCACUUAUUUAGUUCAGGCCGCUUUCCAGUAUCAUCACAACAAUCCAGCUUUGGUGACUGAGGCCCGCGAGCGGCUAAUCCUGGAGCCUCUGGCGGAGCUGUGCAGCGUGCGGCACUGCGACGUGCGCGCGCGCCAGCUGGAGUGCGCCGCGCGCCUGCUGCACUCGCGCGGCGAGCAGCUCGGCGCCGCCUGGCCGCUCAUGAUGGAGAUCAUCUCCGCCAUCUGCGACCAGCACAGCGAGCAGCUGGUCCGCUCGGCGUUCCAGUGCGCGCAGCUGGUGGCGGGCGACCUGCUGGGCUGCGCGGGCCCGCGCUGCCUGCGCCGCGUGCUGGCCGCCGCCGCCGCCUUCGCGCGCCAGACCAAGGAGCUCAACAUCAGCCUCACGGCUGUCGGCCUCAUGUGGAACAUAUCGGACUACUUGUACCACAACCGGGACAAGCUGUCCGUGGCGCUCGCCAGCGAGGCGGCCGCCUGCCCGGAGAGCAGUCCGGACCUGCCGCCGCUGGACCGGCUGUGGAUGUGUCUCUAUGUUCGCCUGAGUGAGCUGUGCACUGAGCCACGAGCGCCAGUACGGCGCGCAGCAAGUCAGACGCUGUUCAGCUGCAUCGGCGCGCACGGCACGCUGCUGAGCCGGCCCGCCUGGCGCGCGCUGCUCAACGUGCUGUUCCCCAUGCUGCAGCAGGUUCAAAAACAAUCGAACAUAGCGAGCUCCGAGAAGGUGGACACCGGGGAGCACAUCCUCAUACACCACACCAGGAACACGGCGCAGAAGCAGUGGGCUGAGACACAGGUGCUGACGCUGUCGGGCGUGUCGCGCGUGUUCCACUCGCGUUUCGCGCUGCUGACGACGGUGGGAGACUUCCCGCGCUCCUGGACCGCGCUCUUGGACUUCAUCGUGGACUUCGCGCUCAGGAGGAGUCACGAGGUGUCAGUUGCGGCGUUGAAGUCGUUCCAGGAGGUGGUGUCGGCUGCGGGGCGCGCGGAGGGCGAGGGGGCGGCGGGGGGAGCGGGGGCAGCAGGGGGAGCGGGGGGCGCGGGGGGAGCGGGGGGCGCGCGCGUGUGGCCCGCCGCCUGGGCCGCCUGGCGGAGCAUCGCUUCGCGCCUGCCGAACGAUGCGCAUGCGCCGGUGUCUGAAGACGGCAAACCUCCCGAAACGUAUUCGCCAUCACUGAGCUUCCUCACAACGCUGGUGCAAAUAUUCCCGCUCAUAUUCCAACACAUUAGACCAACAUUUACGCCAAAAGACGUGGAGGCGCUGGGCGAGUGUCUAUGCAAGGUUUGCAGCGUGGAGCCCUCGGCUACUGCACUCGACGGGCUCGGGGGCGGAGCGCCCGCUAGCUUGCACGCGCUGCAUUGCCUCGACACCGUGCACAAGGAGGCGCUGGCGCGGGCCGAGCUGCUGCCGGCGCUGUUCGCGGCGCUGACGGCGCUGGCGCGGGCGGCGCGCGCGCACGGGGCGCCCGCGGCGCACGCGGCCGGCGCGCGCUGCCUGGCCGCCGCCGCCGCGCUCUACCGCGCCGCGCCCGCGCACAGCGCGCACGCGCUGCCGCACUUGCUGCAGUCUCUACAUUCGGCGGUAAAAAAAAGUGGUCCGGAAAAGCGCAGACGUAGUAACGAGCGCGAGAGAGACCAACCGGAUGAAAAUAUACAGAUCUCUUCUUUAUUACUGCAGGUACUGGCGACGGGGUUGCCCUUGGCGAGAGAAAAUCCUGAUGAUUAUAAAGAGUUUUGGGACAUCCUGCCGGAUGUGCUCGAGACUUUUAUGUUUGAACCUUCGGUGGGCGGCGGGCGCAGCGCCCGCGAGGUGGUGGGCGUGGUGCGCGCGCAGCUGCUGGGCGCCGCGCCCCGCGCCCCGCGCCGCGCCGCCGCCCGCGCCCUGCUGCUCGUGCGCCGGGGCGCCGCCGCGCUGCACGACGCCGCCGCGCGCCCCAAAAACGAGCAGGAGCUGCGCGAGCGGGAGGAGUUCGCGCGCGCCUGCUUCGAGACGCUGCUGCAGUUCUCCAUGCUCGAGGACGCCGACUCCAUCACCGGCAAUGAAGAAGAUGCUGACCCGCUUGCAAUAAUGCCGUUGUUGGACCGAUUCCAAGAAGUCAUAUCGAAGUACAGCACUGAUGAUGAAAAUGCGGAGACAUUAACGAGGCAGCAAGUGUCGGAGAUCUCGUUUGUGUUAAAAGCAGUAGCGACAUUAACAGAGGCUAUGAAGCGCGCGCCGCCCGGCAAAGUUGACACCGCGGCGUGGCAUAAGUUGAUCGGUCUGUACCCGUGGGUUGUGUCGCUGGCGGCGGGCGGGGGCGCCAGCGGGGGCGCGGGCGCGGGCGCGGCGCUGCGCGAGGCGCUGCUGCAGUUCGGCGCCCUGCUCGCGCCCCCGCCCGCGCCCUAGCGCCGGCUCUACACCAUCCAUAUCUAGAGCACGCGCCUGUGAGCGCCGCCCGGAGAGCCUGUCGUCAGCCAACACACACAUACACACACAAAAAAAAUAUAUCAUUUAUACGCUCUCACCCCCACACACAUACGUAAAAUCUCCCCCAUACACUUCCAUACCUUACGAGUCUUAAUGAUGUUAUUAUUGAGUUGUUUUUUUUGUUUUUUUUUUUGGGAAGAAACGACUUUGUAGUUUAUAUAUUAAUUAGAACUAUUCAACUUAGACCAUGUUAGCCCAAAAUUCACCAUUCCGUUAAUCGUAUUUUUUUCUUAUUUACUCGUGUUGCAUUAACAUUCCAAUCUUAUUGAGUUAAAUAUAAGUAACACCCAAUAUAAUAAACAAGCACUUAACACCAUGCAUAAUGCUAAAUCUGUCCUAAUCUUCACUGCCUGCAUAGUGCUCGUCCCCAAGAAAUAAAAUAUGGAGCAAUCUAGAACAAAGUUAUUCGAAAUCCCUCCCUGUGUACGUUUUAGUGAUUUUAGUGUAUUUCAAGUGUGGCUGGCGAUAAACAAGCUUAUAGUAUAGUGCGAUACGCUAUAGAACCUUAGCAACGAUUGAGUUAGAGUUGGAACGUUGAGUGCGCGCUUGUGACCUAGGCCUUCAGUGCUUUCAGAACCGUUAGCUACGAACCAUUUGUAGAUUAAAUAUAGUUGGUAAAUAGUUGGCUUUAAAAUCGAAAUAACUUGGAUAAUUCUACACUAACUCAUCUAUAUGAGCGGAAUUAAGAUGGUCUGAUGCUAUUUGCAAAUAAUGUAACAGUUGAGAAUUAGAGAUAUAACAUAGAUUUACAUAUACGUGUUGUGCAUUUCGGAAACUGUCGGUACUUAACACAGUAUAAAACCGUUGUUGCUGACUAAUUUGUAUUCAACCGAUGUCGCAAAACGAAAGAGGUUCUUAUUGAACUGUAUAUUUUUUGGCUUGUUGCUUGAUUAUUUUUCAAGUGAAUUGUUCUUAUUUGAUCCUAUUUUACAAUCUGGAGUUCUACGCCUACCUCCCCCACCGGGAUGUCGGUGAUCUGUUUUCUAGAAAAUAAUUAUCAUACUUCACAGAGCUUUAGCUUCAGAAUCUUAUCAGCUUUUACUAUGAAUGUUUAAGUCAACAGGACAGCGGUUAUUUCGAUUUUAAAGCCCAUUUAUAUUAUAAAAUAUUUAAAUAAUUAACUGUAUUCCACUUCUAACACUUAUGUAUAGCCAUAAUUAAUUAUAGGUCAUUAUAUAAAUAAGCAUGUUCAAUAUCUAUUUAUGUUUGUAUAUAAAGUGUAUUUAUUGAAUUAUGAGAGAAAUCGAGCUGGAAUCUCGAUGAUUUCUAAUUUAAUGUGUAUUCCAAAGAUACAUCAUAAAUGUAUAAAUUCUGCAUUGGCUAUGACGUCUGCUGUCGCGGUUUUGGUUUGAUAACGAACGUACGGGUAAAUGAAAUUAAUUCAAACAGUCUGUUUUUCACGGACGGAGGGAUCCGUAAAGGAGAUUUAAGUCGAUGUGGAUAUUUUUUUAUCACAUGACCACGCAUAUCCAUUUAUUGAUAAGCCAGACUGUAAUUAUUCCUUUUUGUGGAUAUGGUACACCUCGACGUUGGACCCAUGUAGGUAUAUUUAGUAUUUAGAAUAAAUAAUCUACCUUUCGUUUUCGCUAUUAUAAAAAACUAACUUAGUUUCCAUUAUAUAACAUGUAAUGAAGAAUCAAAGGGUUUCGGGACGUCUUAAAGCAGUACUAAUUCCAGUCAAUGGAAAGACAGAGUUAUAUAGGUUUUCUAGGACCAUCAAUGUGCCACACUCGAGUUAGUACUGCAUAGAGAUGUCGCAGAACGUCCCCAAUAGUAAUUUUGCGUUGUAAAAGUGAGUCAACCUGACUUGUAAUCUGCUCUGUGUGAUUGUUUAAAUAAAUAAUUUGUGGAUGAGUAUAUAAAAAAUUGUAUUUAGAGCUAAAAAGGCCGGUUUCUGUAGUUUAACUAAGUAUAUCGAUAUCAUAUUAAAAAAAAAUCAUUGAAAUACCAUAUUUACUAGUGUGUUUAAAAUAUAUGAAUAUAUUAAUAUUAAUGCAUUGCGAAAAUAAUUUACUCGCAAAGUUAAGUGUCCACCUUACUAACAAUAGAAUACGUUCUUAUUUCGUUUACUGUUUGUAGUGUUUUAGCAUUUUCGUAUCUAUCUACUUAACAAUAGAAAUUAGUUUUGAACAUUCACUUAUAUCAGGCCAUUUAUCUAAUAUAGCUAAUAGUUCAUAUUUUUAUUAUUUAUUGUUAUGAUCAAAUAGAUAUAUACAUGUAUUUACUUUUCCAGAUAAGGUUUUGCAGAAAUCAUACUUGAUACCCUUAGUCGAGCUAGUUUCUAGCGCCACGUAGCGGCUAGAUUGUAGAUUUCCAAUAACUUAUCGGUAGUUAGUUAUAUCCAAUUUAGAUUAGCCCUAAGAAUCGUAAUGAUAAGGUUGUUGACGACGCAGGUUCGACUUUGGACGUUAGGACUUUUUCCAAUUUCUUUAAGCUAAAUCUUUUUGAAUAAAGUACAUAAUGCACGAAAAAUAACUUGCUUGUACUUUUAAAGUAUGAAAUGCAACUCUAAUUGGUAAUUCACAUGAACUUCCCUUCAUUAAGGAUAAUUAAGCUUUGUAUCGUUGAUGAAGUGAUGGUGAGAAAUUGUUAAAUAUUGAUUAAUAUAAAGUUGUGCGAUUAGUUAGUUUUAUAAUACUUAUAAAUAAAAUACAAAAUUUACCGUGGGCCUAUGGGAAGUAAUAUGAUUUUAUUAAUUCGAACGUUACUCUCGGAUAGGUUCAACAGAACUGUGUUGGCAAAUAUUUUCAAGUUACCAAAACCUUUGUAUUAUUGCAAGCAUGAAUACUCUUAAGUAAUAUGGUUUAAGUGACGAUGUAAUACGUAUUGAUGUUAAUUCUAAAUAUUUUAUUUAAGUUGAUAUUUGUUUAUUGUGACUGAAAUAAACUGUUUAAACGAAUAUUCA